UACCAUACGAACCGCCCCUUGUUUCUGACAGACAGCAGUUCCUUCCAAUCAGCGAAUUGUCUUUGACGUCGGAGUCACAUUAUAAGAGACCUUCGCCGGAGAGCACGUCUUUGCUGUACGGACAAAAUGGGACGCUUUGCUGCAGGAAUGCAGACAACAGGUGCCUUGAUGGCAGCAGGCGUGGUGAUCCUGUCCACGCUGGGCUACUUUCUUGGAAGCUAUUUUCUGUCACGAAGAAAGGCUCAGGUGACUUUGAUGGACCCUGCAGUGAAGUACCUUCUGCGACUUAUUGACAAAGAGGUUGUUAAUCACAACACUAGGAGGUUUCGAUUUGCCCUGCCUUCCCCAAAACACAUUCUAGGACUGCCUGUUGGCAAACACGUGUACCUGUCGGCACGGAUCAAUGGAGAUCUUGUAGUACGACCCUACACCCCAGUGUCCAGCGAUGAUGAUUUCGGGUUUGUUGACCUAGUAAUAAAGAUCUACUUCAAAAAUAAGCACCCCAGCUUCCCAGAAGGAGGCAAGAUGUCACAAUAUUUAGAGAGCCUGAAAGUUGGUGAUAUGGUUGACUUCCGAGGACCAGGAGGUCUGCUAGAGUACAAAGGCAACGGGGACUUUAUCAUGCAGUCUGACAAGAAGUUACCUGGUGAGAGAAGGUGUGUUAGAUCGUUGGGCAUGAUCGCUGGUGGAACUGGAAUCACUCCGAUGCUUCAGCUGAUCCGUGCGAUAUUGAAAGACCCAGAAGACAAAACCCACUGUUCUCUACUAUUUGCUAAUCAGACUCAGAAUGAUAUCCUGCUACGUGAUGAGCUGGAAGAGCUUCAGGUUCGACACCCGAAUCGUUUUAAACUUUGGUUCACUGUGGACAAUGCCCAGGGAGAAUGGGAGUACAGCAAGGGUUUUGUCAAUGCAGACAUGAUUCAGGAGCAUCUUCCUCCUCCGGCUUACGACACCCUCAUCCUGAUGUGUGGGCCCCCACAGAUGAUCCAGCUUGCCUGCAGCCCUAGCCUAGACAAGCUUGGCUACCCACUGGCACAGCGAUUCACCUUCUAGCUGAUGCAGUCUGCCGUCUGUCGUCCGUCAUCUUUUUGUUCUCGGUGACAGAGAGAAUUCUGGGUAAUGGGAAAUGAGAGUGUUUUGUCUGUAGAUGUCUUCCAGAGUAUCUGAAGGCUGAGUCAGUGAAGUCGGCCUUGCCUGUUGAAUUCAAGGCGGCUGUAUUAGUCAUAAAUAUAAUUUAGCCAUCUUAGAGGGUGUGUUCGUUUGAAGAUGUAACUUUAUAAAUUGCAAACGUAUAUUGCCUAUACACUCAUUGGGGAUUAUUCUGAACUAUUUAUUUGUAUACUGUAUAUUUUUCAUUUACAUCAGUAUGCGCAGGCAGUUUUUGGGAAGUGCAAAGCUGUUGCCCAUCCCUUGAUAAAGCCCACCAUUUCAAGCACUUGGAUCUAACUCAGAAUUGAUAUGCUCACUUGCUGUUGUAAUAAGUGCUUUGGGCUUUCAUUUUCUUGACUCGUAUCAAGUGGGAGGAUUUUUGAGUGAAGGCUAUGUGCCUGUUUUGCAGUGUUCAUGCAAUAAGAAUUGAAAAAAUAAAAAACCAGAACCCACAUUUGCACUGCUGCCAAGCAGUAGAAGCGGCCCUGUUUCUGCUCAAUGUCUAAAACAUCAUCUGUUUGUCAGUGAGUGCGGCCUUACUGCAAAUGGCCGUGUCAACCACAUGCCGUACCAAUAAAUAAUGGGGUGUGCAUAA